GUCAUCAUCAGCAGAGAGCGGGAUGAGAGAGAGAGAGAGAGAGAGAGAGAGAGAGAGAGAGAGACUGGAGGGAGGAAGGCGAGAGUGACUUACUGACUGACUGACGGACAGACAGACAGACCCAGUACUCUGAGGAGGAAUUCAGCGCGAGUGCAGAGAUACCGGGGGCUCGUGAGGAACACACAGCUUAUCUCAUGUAAAGGAUGGCAGCCCACGUUUAGCUGCUACCUUCAAAUGGGAUUAAGUUGUAAAAAGGCCUAGUGGACAUGUGCAGCCCUUCCUCACAUGCAAAUGACAUCUCUUUGCCUUCAGAGCACUUGGACGUCUUCUUCUCUGGAUUUAGUGUAGUUAUGGAUGUUUGAUCUGCAGCUUCUUCAGGCAGAGAUCACCAGUGUGAGAUAGCUAGAAUCCAGCCAACCACAACAGCAUCAUCAGCAGCAGCAGCAACACGAAGACGUUCAGGUGACCCUCUCCUCUACCCGACUCUGACAGCCCCUAUCGGGGCCAUGCCCCAUCUGUUAAACAAUGACACUUCCUUCAGCUCCAAGCAGGAGCUCCUGGACCUGCAGGGUGGCCCUCUGGCCCCCAGUGUGGACACACCCAGCCCGGACGGGUCUCAGGGCGAUACGCCCAUCUGCUCCAUCCCGAGCAGUCCAAUCAGAGACGCUCCCAUCAAGACCACCAAAAACGGGACUGGACUUUUAGACCCUGCGUUAGGGAUGAAGUUCGUGCCCUCGGACUCUGAGAACCUGUGCGGAUGGGGGGCACUAACCCCCAACCUCAUUCAGACCUUCAACACCCCACGCUGGGUGCUGUUUUUCCUCUGUAUAGCAUCCUUCCUCCAGGGCAUGAUCAUCAACGGCUUCAUUAACACUGUCAUCACCUCCAUCGAGAGACGCUUCGACCUGCGCAGCUACCAGGCUGGACUCAUCGCUAGUUCUUACGACAUCGCGGCCUGUUUGUGUCUGGCGUUUGUGAGCUACUUCGGAGGCACUGGUCAUAAGCCUCGCUGGCUGGGCUGGGGGGUGCUGAUCAUGGCUAUAGGCUCGCUGGUGUUCGCACUACCACACUUCACUACACCACCCUAUCUGGUGAAAAUACAGGAGCAUACGGGACUGUGCUCAGCCAAUCACACGGCAGCGUGUGGGGACAGUGAGGGGAGUGGUCUGUCUGCGUAUCGCUUCGUCUUCAUGCUGGGUCAGUUCCUUCAUGGUGUCGGAGCCACGCCUCUGUACACUCUCGGGGUCACCUACCUGGACGAGAACGUCAAGUCCAGCUACGCACCAGUGUACAUAGGUAUCUUCUACACGGCGGCCAUUGUGGGUCCGGCGGCCGGAUACCUGCUGGGUGGCUUCUUCCUCAACAUGUACACAGAAAUCGGCCAAGCGACUGAGUUGACUCCAGAGAAUCCACUGUGGGUGGGAGCAUGGUGGGUCGGGUUCCUGGCCGGAGGGGCUGCAGCUUUUGUCAUUGCUCUGCCCAUCCUGGGUUAUCCCCGCCAACUACCAGGUUCUCAGCGCUACGUGGCCAUGCGAGUGUCUGAGGCUCACCAGCUGAAGGACGGAAGUCAAGUAACGGCCGCAGACCCUCAGUUCGGCAAGACUGUAAAAGACAUGCCCAGGUCAGUGCUGCUGUUGCUGAAGAAUCCUACCUUUAUUUUUCUGUGUCUGGCUGGAGCUACUGAAGCUACUCUUAUAGCAGGGAUGUCCACGUUUGGGCCCAAGUUUCUGGAGUCUCAGUUCAGUCUGAGUGCAUCAGAGGCGGCCACUUGGUUCGGCUACAUGGUGGUGCCCGCUGGUGGGGGUGGCACCUUCCUGGGGGGCUACAUAGUAAAGAAGCUGAACUUGCGCUGCCGGGGCAUCAUUCGAUUCUGCAUGCUGUGUGCCAUGGUCAGCCUGCUGGCCAUCUUCACCUUCCUCCUGCACUGCCCGAAUGUGCCAAUGGCGGGAGUGACGGCCCCUUACCACCACAACAGCUCCCUGCACAGCCACUACAGCAGCCCCUUCUACCUGCAGACAGACAGGAACAGUUCGUAUGCAGGAGGGAACCUGACAGUGGGCUGUAAUGCAAACUGUCAGUGUGUGAAAGAGCAGUACAACCCUGUGUGUGGAGCUGAUGGACUGAUGUACUACUCCCCGUGCCACGCUGGCUGCAGCACCAUCAACCACACACUCAGCCAUGGAGGCAGACAGGUGUUUACAGGUUGUAGCUGUGUGUUAGGGAACAUGUCUAGAGGCGAGGAGAGAAUAGCAGUUGCAGGAAAGUGUAGCUCAUCCUGUAACCACAUGCCAGCCUUUCUCACCUUCCUCUUCAUCGUCAUCUCCUUCACCUUCCUGUGCAGCAUCCCUGCUCUCACAGCCACACUCAGGUGUGUUCCUGACAGUCAGAGGUCUUUUGGGCUGGGCAUUCAGUGGAUUGUGGUGCGGACACUGGGUGGCAUCCCAGGUCCAAUAGCGUUCGGCUCAGUGAUCGACAUCUCGUGCCUGCUGUGGCAGGAGCAGUGUGGAGAACACGGGUCCUGUUAUCUCUAUCAGAACUCAGCCAUGAGUCAGUACACACUAGUCGCUGGCAUCAUUUACAAGGUAUUAGGCACUAUAUUCUUCCUGCUGGCGAGUGUAUUAUACCAGCCUCCUCCAGAGUCUCCUCAGAGCAGCUGUGAGAGCACAGACCAGGGAGCAGGAGACAGCGGGGGGGAGACCGGAGACUUCCCUAUUAAAGAUCUCCCUCCCGAGAUCAUAGCCAACGUUCACGCCAGGUUGUGACCUUCGGCUCCGAGCACAACCGCGCAGCGAACGCACCUCCUCUCCCUUCCCCUCCACCCGCGUGAGUGUGUGAAUACGUGUGUGGUCCAUCAGCUUCUUCGCGACCUCAGAUUCCGUACAGCGAACCCUACACUGUGUUCCAUCCUCCCUGCAGACGCACAGCAUCCGGAUCCAGCACGCCAGCUUCAGUUCCUCACGCCGCUGCUACCCGCCCUACACGUCCACGUCUGAGGACACGCCAUCCAACGUCAGAGCUUAACACUGGUCUCGGUGGGGUGACUGUUACUGGCAGGGAACGUUCUGGUGUAUGCAGUGAUUUUGCAAACACCACUUGACCUAAAGCGCUGCUGAUGCACACUGGGAGAUGUUACAAGAGUUAUGCACUAAAUGUUCAUGCUUCAAUAUACCUGAUGCCAUACUAUAGAGCUCCUGAUGAAGGGAAGCUGCAGUGAGUACAUUUGUGAACCCCUAAAGGGACCUCUGCAAAAAAAAAAAACACGUCAUGAAGCUUUUAAAUGAGCACAAGACUAGUGGUUUUCAACAUUAAGAUAUUUUUUUUCUAUCUUAUAAAAAAUUCUAUAAAUAUAAUUCUAAAAUAUUCUGAUAUUUAAUUGUGCAUGCAUGUGGUAACAUUUUAGAAAGUAACAUAAAAAUUAUUUUUGUACAUGCAAAAUUUUCCCGUGCACACUUGAAAGAUUCCCUGCAUGUAAACAGUACAAACUUUUCAUGCACAAGUAAUGUUUCCCAUGGGUAAUUAAAUUUUUGCACACGCAAAAGUUUUCCAUGCAUGUGUGAAAGCUUCUCACGCACAUAGACAGUUUGCUGUACACAUGCAAAUGCAAAAUUUUCCAUGCAGGUGUGACAGUUUCUCAAGCAUGUGGACAGUUUGUCAUGCACAUGCAAAAGUUUUACUUACAUGGACAGUUUGCAGUGCACACGCAAAUUUUUUCCAUAGACAGGCAGUUUCUCAUCUCCUGCUUUGCCAGCACAUGCAAAAGUUUCCCAUGCAGGUGUGAACGUUUCUUACGCACGUGGACAGUGUGCAGUAAACAAGCAAAAUUGUCCCACAUGUGUGAAAUGUUUACACACACGUUUGCCGUGCACAUGCAAAUGUUUCCCAUGCAUCUGUGAUGGUUUCUCACGCACAUGGACAGUUUGCCAUGCACAUGCAAAACCUUUCCCACAUAUUUGUACAAUAUUCUCACGUUUGCUGUGCACAUGCAAAUGUUUUCCAUGCAUGUAUGAAUGCUUCUUAGCAAACGUGGACGGUUUGCUGUGCACACGCAACAAUGUUUCCCAUGAUGCAUGUGUGAAAGUUUCUCAAGCACGUGGACAGUAUGAUGUGCACAUGCGAAAAUUUCAUGCAUGCAUGCACGCACCAUACCCAGAGAGUUUCUUACGCACAUGUCCUUUUUUGCCAGGCACUUCCGAGAAUUUCCCAUGCAAAUGCAAAAGUGUGGUGCUCAUCUAAAAGCUUCAGGAUUUAAUUAUUUGCAGAGGUCUUCUUUGGGGUGCAGUACAUUUAAAAGCAGGUUGUUUUGGUUCAUUUUUAAUGUGGAUGCAUUGUUUUCAGACAUUUGUCACAGUGAAUGCAGUGCCAUGUUUGAGUGCAAACUAACGUCCAAGUUCCUACAUUAUUCCAACGGGAAUUUGCACGUUAAAUGUAAUGUAGCUCUUAAACUUACUGAUUGUAGUUUUAAAGACACAGAAGCUAUCAAAGCCUAUCAGUUCUCCAGAUGACAUAAUCAGAUUUUUUUUAAGUUAGAUUGUUAUUAUUUAUUAUAUAUUUACACAUUCAGAGAAUUCUCGUAUACUUCACUAAAAAAGCCUGUCUUAUUUAAAAAGCACUUACUAUUCACAUACUAGGUAUUAAUACAGCACUAACUACAUGUAAACGAUUGGAAAUUAAAUGAAAUGAUUAAACUGAUGCAGACACAGUAAGUAAAUUGCCGCUAUAGCACACAAAAGGAGAUAUUUUUUUAAAAUGUAUUUUCUUGCGUGCUGCAAGACUAAGCUCUAAGCUACCAAUGAUAGGCAGUGCCUUACUAAACUACAUCGCUACAAGUGGAAUUCACAAGCAAGCAAACUAAUCACAUGAUCAUGUAGUUGGUGAUCCUGCUCAGCUUUCAGUCUUGUUACUCCACACCUUCUAAUUGCACUUUAAAACAAAUUCACUUCUUCACGGACGAGCUUAUAUAUCUAUCUAUCUAUAUAUAUAUAUAUAUAUAUAUAUAUAUAUAUAUAUAUAUAUAUAUCAACUAUAUAGGCUACAAUGUUAAACGAUAAAAGCCAUCGGGUCAAUUUAGCAUUUAAUAUUACGCCACAUGAUUUUUAUUUAGGAAAUGUCAUGGCUUACUUUUCAUUACAAACUACAAAAGUACAAAAUUAGACAUAUAUAAUUGUUGUAUUUUGAUGUUGUACUUUUUAUUAAACAGAUUUCCAGAUGUGCCAAAAUACUGUACCUCAGGAUUGUGCAGGAUGGCUUUAUAAGGAUGACUUUUAUUUGAUUUAUGCUGAGAGAUAUUUUGAAAAAUAAAACAAAAAUGACAAACAAACAACAAAUAAAAGAAGACUGAGAAAUUCACUCAAUGUCAAAAAAAAGUUGAAAAUAAAAAAGAUGAAUCCAGAAGGAAGUGUUGUUAAUGCCAUUCAGAAAGAAGAUAAAGGAUUUUACUACCAGGAACUAAUAAAUAGUUCAAAAAAAGUCUGAUAUGGGUAAUAUUUAAUUAGCUAAACAUCCAGACGUAGUGUGUAAUGCAACAUGCGAGCAACCAUGGCACAGAGUUGUAGAGGUUCCUAAUGGCAUCCUGCGAUAAUCCAUUCCAUGCAUGCUUUGCACUAACAUCAACAAUAAACAGAAUGAACGAGCGUAAAUGAGCAGAUCAGGUUCCUCUGCUGAGAAGAUGUGAUGGACACGUCCAGGAAGCUGCGCCCCUAAAAUAGCAAUGUGCCAAAGUUAGAGCACCCCUGGCUCUUAAAAGGAAUGGCAAGUGACACACUGAUUAUUUUAUUGCUCGUUACGCCCAAAAGAUACCUGUGAUUAAGAGAAUUAGUACGUUUUGGGCUGCACAAGGUGUACUUUUCCCGCUGUCAUGAUAGAGAAGACACACUGACAUGCCCUAAAUCAAGCUGCCCUGUUAAUCUGGACGAUUGACGCGCGAUAACAAACCGUUUAUCUUGUCACAGACAAUGCAUUUCUUCUGAGUUCAGCUAUUUUUUUGACAUUGAGUGUAUAAAGUUUAUGUAGUUGUGGUAACUAAGAUGCAUUAUACUUAAAAAUUCAUAUUUUACAACAAAAGCAGUUUGCCCUGAGCACAUGGACCUGACUACAUGGAGAAGAGCGUCAGCUGUAUUAUAAGAAAUGUGGAACACCUAUUGUCUCGCUGAGAAAUGCUGAUUUAAUCAGUAAUUAUUUCCAUAAAGUGUCUUAUAUCAUCAUCAUACUUCCAUCGUUUAGAAUUUUGUGUUGUGUUUCACAAACCCGAUCCAUAGAAAUCCAGAAACUUUUACCAAAACGCAUUGAAAGGAUGCCACUUUAAAUUGAGCUUUUUACGAUUUGUUUGACGUGUUGUUAUGGUUUUAUUUAUUUUGUUCAUUUUUUACCAGCCCUGGAUGCGUAAAAGUUUUGUAUAUUGUUUAUUUGCACCGCUCUAAUGCAUUUCUGCUGUAAUAACUCAAUCUUUCAGAGAACUAUGCUUUUGAAAAAUGGAAAAGCUUGAUGCGUUGUUGCCUCUUUGCUGGGCUUAUUCCCCAUCAAACAAAAUGCACUUAGAAAUGUUUUGAGGAUUUGCACAACAUCAUUGAAGCGAGGGGUGGCAGUAGAUUUUAGAGGCUGUUUUUUGUGAUGUUUAGAAUGUCUUUAUGGAUUUCCGUUGGUUGUUUUUUAUUUUUUUUUUCUU